GACAAAAAAUGGAACACACCAGCAGUGUGAGGAGACCUGAAAGUGGCACAUGGCAUGGCAGAGUGUGGCGAUGGAGACAGCAGCAAUGGGAGGCCGUACAGGGGACCCAUGAGACACUGUGGACCUGGCAGCAGCAUGAGGAGGCGGUACAGGGGCCCAUGGCAGAUUAGGGGCCUGGCAGCAGCUAUGGGAGGCCCGUAAUCUGCCAGCACCCUAUGACAAAAAAUGGAACACACCAGCAGUGUGAGGAGACCUGAAAGUGGCACAUGGCAGAGUGUGGCGAUGGAGACAGCAGCAAUGGGAGGCCGUACAGGGACCCAUGAGAGACUCUGGACCUGGCAGCAGCAUGA